UUGGUCAUCUUCUCAGUUUGUACUGCAUCUCUGCCUCUCUCGCUCACCUCUGUGUAGUACAAAGUAUAUUAUUAUAUCUUAACACUGUCCCAACCACAAUGCGCCAGCCCACCAUGUCUCGCUCCCUUCUCUUCUUCUGCUUCUUCUUCAUCGUCAUCGUCCUCUCCGCCUCAGCUCACAGCGGCCACGACGACAGCGACAGCGACAGCGACUCAAACGACAAAGACGUUGACCUUCGGGCGAGGCCUCUGAUACUGGCCAAGAUAUGGUGUUUGAUAAUCAUCUUUGUCGCCACUUUUGUUGGGGGCGUUUCGCCUUACUUUUUGAAGUGGAACGAGGGGUUCUUGGCGCUGGGGACGCAGUUUGCUGGGGGUGUGUUCUUGGGCACGGCGAUGAUGCACUUUCUCAGCGAUGCCAAUGAGACUUUCGAGGACUUGACGACCAAGGAGUACCCCUUCGCUUUCAUGUUGGCGUGCGCGGGCUACUUGUUGACCAUGUUGGCGGAUUGUGUGAUCGCCUUUGUGUAUCGGAAGGGAAACGGUGUUGGCUCUGGUGUUUCUGAUCUGGAGCUUCAUGGUGGAGUUGAGCAAGGGAAAAGUAUUGAUAAUGGUACACAAACAGGAUAUCAGGUCCAUGAUGGCACCAGGAGCCACUUCCCACAUCCCUCUGGCGCAGCUGCUGAUUCACUUGGGGAUAGCAUUUUGUUGAUCGUAGCCUUAUGCUUCCAUUCUGUCUUUGAGGGCAUUGCAAUUGGAGUUGCAGAGACAAAAGCUGACGCCUGGAAAGCUUUAUGGACAAUCUCUCUGCACAAGAUAUUUGCAGCCAUUGCCAUGGGUAUUGCUCUCCUUCGUAUGAUGCCAAACCGGCCCCUUUUAUCAUGUGUUGCCUAUGCUUUUGCCUUCGCCAUUUCAAGUCCCAUUGGUGUGGGCAUUGGAAUCAUAAUAGAUGCCACAACUCAGGGAGCUGUGGCAGAUUGGAUCUUUGCCAUAUCAAUGGGUAUAGCAUGUGGAGUUUUCAUCUAUGUAUCCAUAAACCAUCUGCUAUCAAAGGGUUAUAUACCCCAGAAGACCAUUGCAGUUGACACACCCUAUUACAAGUUUUUUGCGGUGUCAUUAGGCGUUGGGGUAAUCGCUGUUGUCAUGAUUUGGGACACUUGAUAUCAUGCUGAAGCCGAUGCCUGUCUGCUUCUUGGUUGUUAUCUUUGUGGGAAGACUGCUCUUGGCUUCCCUUCAGGAAAGAACAUAAAUAUAUGGGAAGACUGCUCUUGGCAUCCAUUGCUACCUACCGUGGCUGAAUAGAUAUUGUAAUUUGUAAGCAAUACUUUUGGUGAGAAUAAGACCUCCGUGCCCUUAGAAA